UGGUCUUUUAUCUCCGAAUAUGCGGCAACCACUGAGGUCUCAAUCCUUCAAACAUCGGACCCGUCCUUUGAAUGAAGUAAAGAAAACUACAAUCGAAGAUGUACCACAUGAACGACGUCGUAGUACGCCUACAAUAUCACGACGGAGCAGUUUGGUACAUAGAAUCUCAGCAGCUUUUACGUGUCUAGUUGAUCCUAGAAACUUCCACAGUUCAGUUAAGCGUGCUGUCAUCGAACCACGUACAGAUGUUUGGCCAGAACCAAAACCUGCAUUGGAAUUUGAUGAGAAAUUUUUAAAGCUGCCAUCAUCUGAUGAGUAUAAACGGGUGCGCCAGUUCAGGAUCGAUGAGAAAGGAGCUGUAGUGUCCCGUGGAGACUCAUUCAGAAGAAAGCGAAAUGAAGAAAGUGCUAAAAGUGACAAAUCUCCUUCACCGUAUCCUAUAUCGGGAUCAGAUUCAGCUAGAGAUUCUCGAAGUGAGAGCGUGUCGUCAAGUGAAGAUUCACGACGAGAAAUCGCUGCCGCUGCUAACGCCAACGCUGGCGUGACAAUUCCGUCUACCAGUCACAAGACUUAUAAGAUAAGUGUGGUAGGCGAUACGGGCACCGGUAAAUCAUCGUUGAUCGGCCAGCUAAUCACUUCAGAAUACAAGAAUGCUUUUGCUGAUGAAAUCCAGGACUACGAGAACACAGUUUCCAUUUGUAUUGGCGGUCAGGAAUUGGAUUUGAUAUUCUUCGAGAGCGAUAUGUCAGAUUCUACCUGGAUGUCGAACGAAAUGGAUGCAUUCGUUAUUAUUUAUAGUAUAGAUUCAAGAAGAAGUUGGAAACAAGCCACAAUGGCUAUCGAGAUGAUUAGAGAAUCGUCUAAUUGCAAGAAUUCACCGAUACUUGUCGCUGGUAACAAAGCCGAUUUGGAACGAAAGCGGACGGUGACAAAAAGCGAGGUUCGAGCAGCAGCCGCGCAUUUUGGUUUUGAGAAUCUCGAGAUUUCCGUCGCUUUAGACCAUGAUGUUGAUGAUCUUCUUGUUAGUCUUGUGGCUGAAUUGAAAGAAGCCUACACAUCCGACACUUCUAUCAAAAAGCCAUCGCCACGCAUUGAGGACGACUUCCACGCGGCUAUUCGUCGAUACUCACAAAGGAAGAAGAAAGCGUUGCCUGAAGACGUCGAUGCAGGUAGUGUAAUUUUGAAAAAUAUGUCGAAAAGUAAAAAAAAAAAUGUAUGGAGUAAGGGAUGUUGUAUCACCGGCCAAAAUACGUACCCUUGCAGCCGAGCGUUUCAGCGACGUUCGUUCCAUACUUAG